AUGGAUGCUAAAAAGGUGUUAGAGAAGUAUGGAUGGAAAGAAGGUCAAGGUUUAGAAUCUACAUCAAUAGCCAUUGGUGAUAAACUUGUAAAAGAGAAUCAUGGACAAGACUGCAAUCUAAAGGAUGGCAACGAGGAUGAUAUUAAUAUAAUUAGUGGAGGUACUACUACAGAGGGUGGAAGUGGUAGUCAUGGGAGUGGAGCCUCGACUGUCUCACCUAGUUCGUCACAAUUUCAAAGAUUGAAAGUGGAAGAUGCACUCUCUUAUCUUGAUCAAGUCAAAUUACAAUUUGGUAAUCAACCUCAAGUUUACAAUGAUUUCUUGGAUAUUAUGAAAGAAUUCAAAUCACAAAGUAUUGAUACUCCUGGUGUGAUCAGUCGAGUCUCAAACCUCUUUAAAGGUCAUCCUGAUCUCAUUGUUGGAUUUAACACAUUACCUCCGGGUUUUAAGAUAGAAGUUCACGGUCAGAAUGAAAUCAAUAUUCAAGGCCCCGCCCAAAUAGCCACACCCUCCAACAAAUUUUUAAAACGUCAUGGUGCUAGUUAUCGUGCCCUUCCUAAGACUUAUGUUCAGCCAAAGUGUUCUGGAAGAACUCAGUUAUGUCACGAAGUUCUCAAUGACACUUGGGUUUCCUUUCCAAUGUGGUCUGAAGACUCCACCUUCAGCACCAGAAAAACACAAUAUGAAGAGUACAUAUUUAGAUGUGAGGAUGAGAGGUUUGAGCUUGAUGUAGUAUUAGAGACAAACCUCUCAACAAUAAAAGUAUUAGAAGCUGUUCAGAAGAAAAUGGCAAGAAUGAGUCCAGAAGAAGUAGGACAGUUUACAUUAGAUGAACGUUUAGGAGGAUACUCGGAGAUUAUACAUCGUAAAGCCAUUCACAGGAUUUAUGGUGACAAAGCUACUGAUAUUAUUGAAGGACUCAAGAAAAACCCUAAUAUCGCUAUACCAGUAGUUUUGAAAAGGUUGAAGUCUAAACAAGAAGAUUGGUUAGAUGCUCAAAGACAAUUUAAUAAAAUUUGGCGAGAACAGUUGGAGAAAUACUAUCUCAAGUCCUUAGAUCAUCAGGGGAUUAACUUUAAAGCUACGGACACUAAAACAAUGAGAUCCAAAACUUUAGUGGGUGAAAUAGAAGGUUUAUUUGAUGAGCGACAAGAACAACUAGCUGAGGGAAAGACUCCACCCCUUGGGGCACAUCUCUCUUAUUACUUUUCUGAUGAGACUACAGUGUUUAAUGAUGCUGUGUCAUUAGUAAUGUAUUAUAUGAAAAGAGCAUCCAGUCUGAGUAAAGAAGAGAGUAUGAAAAUUAAAGGAUUUUUAACUCAAACAUUAGCUGAUUUCUGUUACUAUCCUAAAGUUGAACUGACUUCAGAAGAUGAUCUUAGCAUGGAUACUGACUCUGAAGCAAUGGAUGUUGACCAAGAUACUAAAGCUGAUAUUCAAGUUGAUGAAUAUUAUCCAACAUUUCUUAAUAUGGCGAAAAACUUUAUGGAGGGAAACAUUGACAGCUCAACCUAUGAAGAAGAUACUGCCCGGGAAAUGUUUGGCUCACAAAAUAGAUUGCUAUGUAUUGAAUUAUUGGAAUCUGAUGAGUCAUCAGAUGAUAAUGGAGUAGAUACAAAG